AUGACAAAUAAUAAUGAUGAUUUGUUACUUCAAUGGUUAAAUGAAGAAAUUCUGUUAGAUAAUAAUGAGAUUACCGACGAAGAAUUAUCGGACGACGAAGACAAUAUUACGAAAGGUAAAGAUUUUUUUUCUGUGAUCGAUAAUAAUCCAUCUGAAGAACAUAUAGUGACAAAUGAAUUAGAAAUUGAAAAUGGAGAUAAACCCGAUUAUUCACUUCCCGAUGGACCCGUUGAUGGCAAAUUCUUGGGGGAAACUGCUACGUCAAUAUUUUUGGAAUUUAUCGAUGGUUUUAUUGAUCAACUUUUAUAUCAAACAAAUUUAUAUAGUAUUCAAAGAGGACGUCCUUUGAAUAUAAAACGUUUUGAAAUUCUCAACUUCAUAGGUAUAAAUUUUUUAAUGGGAUACAACAAACUGCCAAGUUGGAAACAUUAUUGGGCAACAUCUGAUGAUCUAAAUGUUUCCUGUGUGUCAAAUACAAUGAGCCGUAAUCGAUUUGAUAAUAUUUUAUCAAAUCUUCAUGUUCAAGACAACUUAUUGAUCCCAAAAAAUAAUAAAGAUAAACUGUUCAAACUUAGGCCUUUGAUAAAUUACUGUAAUGAAAUAUUUUCUACAUCUUACCACGGAACGAGGGAACUAAGUAUUGAUGAAUCGAUGAUUAUUUUUAAAGGUCGUAAUUGUAUGAAACAAUAUAAUCCUCAAAAACCUAUCAAACGCGGAUAUAAAAUAUGGUGUUUAUCUGACCAAAGGGGGUAUAUAAAAAACUUUAGUAUAUAUCAAGGUAAAGAUGAGCAAUUAUCUGAUGAAUUUGAGUCAUUUGGUUUGGAAAAAUUAAAAGCGGAAAAUUCACUAGCAUGUGGAACAAUCCGAUCAAACCGUAAAGAUGUCCCGGAUUUAGCUGAAGAUAAGAAAGCGCCUAGAGGUUCAUCAGAUUAUCGCAUUACAAACACUGGUAUUGGUGUUUACAAAUGGAAAGACACCAAGUAUGUUAUGUUAGCAUCAAAUUAUCAUGGUUCAGAAAUAACAACUGUUACAAGAAAGGAUAAUUGUGGUCGAAAAAAAGAUAUUCUAUGUCCACAAGUUGUACGUGAUUAUAAUUGUUAUAUGGGCGGUGUAGAUCAUGCUGAUCAACUUAGAACAACUUACGGUGUUAACAGAAAAUCAAAAAAAACAAAUUUUAUGGGUAUUAAGUUCAGUUUUUAA